AUUUGUGGUAGUCGUGCAUACUGCUGUUGUUUUCUGUGGACUCAGCAGAGACGACUAAAUGAUGUCUAUUGAUAUCGUGUAAUCUUUUGGAGGUUACUUAUUGCCCAUAAACACUUGGCUGUAUUAUAUUUUUUAAGAAGGUUAUGAAGCGAGAAGGGCUGAGGAAACGACGAUAUGGGAAGGAGAUAAAUGUAUGAAAAUGACUGAAGAAAGGGGCAAAGAUUAAAGUGUCAAAUAAAUUACUUUCCAUUGAAUUUCAUGGGGUUCUUAUACAGUAAUACAAAUUGUGUGCCUGUGAUAUGAGAUGAAAAUUUUCCAUAUACCUGGACACCCAAGUGAUUACUGUAGUAGCAGGAGUGCAUGAUGCCACCAAAAGGUAGAAAGUCCAUAUCCCCAUGGAACUUGUGUGAAAACUGUAAAGUGAUAGUGUCACAGAAGGACUUGACAACACAUGCGGAGGACUCUUGUCCACCAUCGUUUGAGUCAUGGACUCAUGGCUUCAUUAAACAAAAAGUUUUGUAUGGCAUACUGGAAGAAGUAAAACCCCAAGAUGGUCUGAAGAAUGUGCCAAAGUCAGAAUGUGACAAUCUGGUAUUGUUAGCACAGUCCGCUUUGCAGCUGUGUGACGUUAGUAUUGGUGAUCCUGUUAUAGUCAGUGUUCAGGGUGUCUCCACUGUCAAGACAGCAUGGCCAACGCUAGAAAAGAGUCUUGUUUCUGUUCUCAUGACCAAAUCAGCAAUGGAUUUGCACUGGGUUAGGAGUUGUGAUGGUCAUGUGAUAGUGAAGAAGUUGACCGAGCACCCUCUUCCAGCUGAGUUAAUAUCUGUUGAGAUGACAGGAGGGCAGAGCAUCCCUCACGCAGACCUGUCUGGCCUCCUUCAGGGAAAACACAGAAACAGAAUCUUGAAAAUAGGAGACAGACUGUGUCUGCAACAUUAUGGCCAAAAUCUCUAUUUCACCGUGAAACAAAUCUGCCCAUUUCAAGGUGCGACUGAUUUGAAAGACAAACUGGGAAUGUCACAUCUUGGCAAGAAUUCACCAGAAGCUGUCCAUGAACUUAAUGUGGAAUUGAAUAAUCUAAAAUUGUCACAGGACGAUGACUGUGGAGAUGACGAGAAUUUGUAUAGAAUAGUGGAAGGAACAAAAUGGACUGUUGGUUCUGCAGUCAAGAAGGAAAGUUCACAGGAUAAACCCAGUUGCAGUUUGGCUUCAGUUGGCGGAUUACAGGACGUAAUUGAGGAAAUUCAUGAAAUUAUCCAACUUGCGUUGAGGAGUUCACCUCUGGUUCAAGGUUUGCCAGUGAUUCGAGGUAUCUUGCUGUAUGGAGUCCCUGGUACAGGAAAGACGAUGUUGGCCGAGGCUGUGGCCGCGGAGAGUAACGUUGCCAUUGUAAAUAUUAGUGGUGCAGAAAUAUACAGCAAAUACCUGGGUGAGACAGAGGGCAGACUGCGGCAGCUCUUCAGAACUGCGGAGCAGCAGGCACCCAGCAUUGUUUUGUUGGAUGAGGUUGAUGCGUUAUGCCCUAGACGAGGCAGCGAUGGCAGUGGAGGCUCUGAGCAGGACAAGCGAGUGGUUACAACAUUGCUGACUCUGUUAGAUGGGUUGCAUCAUUCCGUAUUUAAGGCUGAAGGGAAGAAGAAGAAGGCAGUUCUAGUAAUUGCGACAACCAGCAAGCCAGAUACUAUAGACUCAGCCCUAAGGCGACCUGGCAGAUUUGACCGAGAAAUUGAGAUCUGUGUCCCGAGCCCUAGUGCUCGUCUUGAUAUUCUCCACAAACUUUUGUCCAGAACACCACAUAAAGUAACAGAAGAUGAGCUAAAGGAUGUAGCUCAUUCAGCUCAUGGGUUUGUAGGAGCUGACUUAGCAUCACUUUGCUCUCGUGCAGCUGUACGUGCUAUCAAGAGGACUAGUGCAGGUGGAGAUGGUUUGUGUGGCAGUGACUCCGUUAUUGUCGAAGUGGAGGAUUUUAUCUGGGCUAUGACUCAGGUCAAACCGAGUGCCAUGAGAGAAGUCCUCAUAGAGGUGCCUAAUGUACGAUGGAGUGACGUUGGUGGCCAACAUGAACUGAAGCUUAAGUUGCGUCAGGCCGUGGAGUGGCCGUUGAAACACCCCGAGGUUUUCACUCGACUUGGAAUCUCUCCUCCACGAGGUGUUCUUAUGUUUGGGCCCCCAGGUUGUUCAAAAACAAUGAUUGCGAAGGCACUUGCCACUGAGAGUAAACUCAACUUCUUGUCCAUAAAGGGCCCAGAGCUGUUCAGCAAGUGGGUUGGUGAGUCAGAGAGGGCGGUACGUGAGGUCUUCCGUAAAGCCAGACAAGUGGCGCCAGCUAUUGUUUUUUUUGAUGAAUUGGAUGCUCUGGGAGGAGAGCGAAGUGGAUCAUCAGGAUCUGGGGCUAGCAGUGUUCAAGAGAGGGUUCUGGCUCAGCUACUUACGGAGCUGGAUGGAGUGGAGCCCCUGGGAAAUGUGACAGUGGUCGGUGCUACUAACAGGCCAGAUCGAAUUGAUAAAGCACUGCUGCGGCCAGGCAGGUUGGACCGUGUCGUGUAUGUACCGUUGCCAGAUGCCAGUACUCGGCAGGAAAUCUUAGAAAUGCAACUGCGUAAGAUGCCAGUAGCUUCUGAUGUGAAUAUUGAUGAAUUGGUUGGCAGGACUGAGGGUUACUCUGGAGCAGAGGUCGUAGCUGUUUGUCAUGAGGCAGCACUCGCUGCAUUAGAAGAAGAUUUGAAUGCAACUGAUGUUACAUGCAGCCAUUUUAUGUCAGCCCUACAGUUGGUCACACCUCGUACACCAUCUUCUUUGCUUCAGUUGUAUGAGAUGUACCUCAAACAGAGCUGAGUUUUGUCUGCAUUGGAUAUUACGUUUUGUGAGAUGCCACUUCAUGAACAAGUGGACAGUCAGAGAAUGGUCUCGCAUUAUUGAACUUCCCGUCAUUGCAACUCAAGGAAAAUGCUGCCGAGAUGGAAUAACAGCGUGCUAUCUUAGGCCAGUCUUAUAUAUCAGAAUGGAAAUGUGGGCCCUGUUCAGAACUUGGGGUACAUUGGUGCAUAUGCACUGUGUUGAUAAAGUUCUGAUAUGUAAGAUUUCAGGUUCUCAAGGCAGCGAGUAUUUUUCAUAGUGGCUACAGAGAAAUUGUAUCUUUUAAUUUAAUCUCAAUGCAUCUAUUAAUAAAAACAUUGAAAGUAAUUAUUUUAUAAAAAUUACCACAAUGUUUAAGACAAAUGGUUGUUUGUUAAGUGUUAUUUAACCAUGUAUUAUGUGUCAAUAAAAUGCAGCCCUUACAACCUCCUAUCCAGUGGGUAUCAGGGUCCCCUUCUUCAGGGUAAAAUAGGCAGGGACUAUUCGCCUUCAACUAGUACCAAAGUUGUUUGUCACAUGUAAAAUCUCUGUGAUGCUGAAGUGACAAUUUACUUAUAUUGGGUCAGUAAUGUCUUAGAGGAGGACUUUGUUGUUGUUGGAUACUGUGACUAAUGAAAUUAUUUCCAUACUGAUGGCCCUUCAGUUAAGGUCAUGCUUGUUGCUGGGCCACUGUUCAUGCCAGCAUCUGUGAACACGAGCAGAAUUUGUGUUUAUUCUUGAGAGUCUGAGUGAAUCGAAGUGUGAAGGAUUUGGAAUACAAUACUGAACAGGCUGUUGCUGUUGUUGAUUAGGUGUGGUGGGGAUAUUUAGCAACUGCUGUAUAGCUGUUGUGACGUUUUCCUAUAACAAAAAUGUCUUGUUACGUUGUCAUGAAAGGUUACAAAUACCGUUGUUAGGAUUUUCAUUUAAAAGGAACAUUGUAGGAAAUGGGAAAGAAUGAGUUGAUACAUGCAAAUGUAAGGAAAGUCGUGCUUCAAAUCGAUUCCAGGGAAUUUUAAGUUCGGGGAUUUUAUUUUUGUAAUUCCCGGCAUCUACGAACGCUCGUACUCUGUUUUAUCAUCUGUGCUACUAAAAUGUUUGAAAUUUAUGUGGCAUGAAGUAAAUGGCGGUCUUGCGAAAGUGGUAAUUUAUUUAGAUUUCAGUGUGACGUCGGGUCUGAUGAACCGUUGGAGCUAAGAAUAUGAAAUUUGGUAUAGAAGUAAAUUAACACAUGAGAUUUUGAAGUAGCCAGAGGAAGAUUAAAGGAUGAAAUAACUGUAUGGCAGCGGGCAGAGCUCUUGAAAGCUUUGAUGAAAAUGAAUCUCGUUGUAACUUAAGACAAUGGGCAGAAGAUUAAAGUGUUCCAGUUGGAAAUCAACAGCUUCUUAUCAUCAACAGCAGAAGUAAGUGAAUUUUAUUUUGAUGAUCUCUUGUUUUUAUGCUAGAGGCAGACACGGAAUAUGAACUUCAAAAAAAUCGGGCAAACGUAAACGAGGAUAUUUCUUUUGCGUUGAUUGAUUUUUGGUUUGGUCGUUUACUGAUUCGUUGAUUACUGUGGAAUGGAAUAUGAUUUGUGAAUAAAAGUCAGAAUUACGUGUG